GAGAGAGGAGAGAGUGAGGGUAAUGUUGUGGGGUCAAUUUAGACAACAUCAGAAGUACCCAAAAAAACCCUAAAACAUUAGUCAAAGAAACAACAUGUCGUCGUCGUCGUCUUCCUCUGCUGAUAUGCUUGUUCACGACUCUCAGUCUCUUCCAGCCGCUGCCCGCCCCAUCUCUCCUCUGUCAAUCACCGCCGCGCCUCAUCCCCUCACCACCCCCGCCGCCGCCGGAGCCUUGAAUCCGUCCCGAAAUUCAAGGCCCAAGAACGGCGUUUCAAGAAGCGGCUCGAGUAAAGAUCGCCACACCAAGGUCAACGGCCGGGGCCGCCGCGUCCGGAUGCCGGCACUUUGCGCCGCCCGGGUUUUCCAACUGACCCGUGAACUGGGUCACCGCUCCGACGGCGAGACUGUAGAGUGGCUCCUCCGCCAAGCCGAGCCGGCUAUAAUCGCCGCCACCGGAACCGGAACCGUCCCCGCCGAGGCCAUCUCCACCUCCUCCGGCUCCCUCCCGCCGUCCCGUCCCGCGGCCACCGUACAAGCCGAGAUCUCCCGGCAAUUGACACCGGUGGCCCAGGCGGCGCACCCGGUGUCCGCCGUUCCAGGUAGCGGCGCGUUCCCGGCGCAUCCGCAUCCGCCUCCGCCGAGCUGCCGGCUGGACUUGUACCCGCCGCCGCAUAUGGAGCUGGGAUUCCUUCCAAACGGGUAUCGCCACAUGCCGUUCACGGCGCUGCUGCUGCAUCCGUCGACGGAUGAAGAAGAGGCGGAAGAGCGGCACGGCGGCGAUGUGACCGAGGAUCGUCGAGAAGUAGCUUCUUAGGCUCGAUAAUAAUUCAGCAGAAAGUAAUUAGCAAUUAAUUUAUCAGUUGGCCAAAUAAUUAUUAGAGCUUCUCUUGCUGGCUUGGCUUUGUAACAAAAAGAGGAAAAAGGUGGGGCCUUUGGAAUCUUGUUCAAUUUCUUUUGACAUGGCUUGCACACCAUUUCUUUAA